UAUUGAUAAGAUGUUCAAGGAACAAAAUAACAACAAAAAGGCGGCACGAAUCAAGAUUAUGGAAGUUUUUGAGUUCCCUAAGCAAUUCCUGUUAAGGAGCGAAGUUCUUUCUGAUCCAGAAGAGUAUGUGACUAUUGAAAGUGAAGAUAUGACCCGAAGAUCAAAAUCUAGAUUGAAAUCGGGAAGAUUGAAGCAAAAACUACCAGAUAAACAUUCAGAAUAUUUAGAUUUAGAUUUUAUGAUGCCUACACAAGUUAGAGAAAUUUUAUUGGAGGAGGGACUUUCUAAAGAAGUUGUCGAUUCAACUUUGGGAGUUGACGAGAAGCACCACCGGAAAAUUAUGCAGUUGACUUUAUUGGCUGAAAAAUACAAGCGGUUCCCACAAGAAUGUAAGACUACAAGCACAUCAGAUAGCAAACAGAAAACUUUCCCUAGUCUUUACCACGAACAAGAUCAUAUUGGAUGUAAAAGCUGCAGUGACGUUAGAGCCAGACAGGAACGACGAAAUACACGGACACGUCCUUGGAAGGAAACAAAUACAACCGACACAAUGUCGUCAAACGAAGAAACUAAUGAUACCUCAGGUGAGAAGGUAGAAGAGACAUUUUUCUUGACUGAUGCAGAAAAAAUUAGAUGGUCUGCAGACCAAGAAGAGGAAAGAGUUUUGAUGGGAAACCAUUUUGAUCCUCCAAGAGUUGUGCUGAUAUCUUCCAAAGUUCCAAAGAAACACCUUAUCCCAAAGCUCUUUCACGACAAUAAGAGACUAUUACAUAUUGUUUACGAUUUUGAUACUUGGUCUUUCUCUGAUAUAAAUGAUGCUAUUCAGAAGAGAUUGGAUAGUGUUAAACCUGCCUGCAAAGCAAAGUCUGUGAUAUUAUUUUGUCAGGGUGGAUCCGGUUUUAUAUACUUGUUGAGAAAAUAUGUAGUCACUCCUCAGAAAAUGCACAAGGAAUCGUACCAAGAUGUUAGAGAAUUCUGGAAACGACUUGGAAGUCAAAUAAGCAAACUUUGCCAAGGAGAAUCAAAAAUAAACAUUGUUUGCAAGAACGUGAAUGAAGGUCGACAAGGCAUUGAGGUAAUUAGAUCAAUCCAACGAUUGGUUCACUCAGACAUGGUGAAAGUUGAAGUGGUCGACAAUACAAAUGAACAAGGUUUAAAAAUACUUGAUCUUUAUUUUAAUGUUGAUCGAUUUAACUUGUGGUCAGAAUCUAUGGACGACAGUGACAAUGAAAUAGAUUUUAGCAUUCUGGAUGAUAAAAGCAAGACCUGUAAAAUAGACGACGAUGAGGACAUACCACGGACUAUAUCAUCAUUAGCAGCAGAAGUGGAAAAUGAAACUUCAUAAAAUGGACUGUUAAGGUUCAUAAUAUUUAAUCAUCAUUUGUGCUUUCACUUGACAAUUUAAAAAAAGAUUGUUUUGAUUAUGCAAGUUCAGUUAAUAAAAUAUGUUGAUUUCUUA